AACUCCUAGAACAUCUCACACACCGAUAACACAAACUGCAAGAUUAACAGAUAUAUAAGCACACCAAGAUCACGGAUGAGGAGUAAAUGGAUCUAUGUGGCUAUCCUGGGGAUAGCAUGCAUGAUGCUUGGUGUCAAUGGGAGCAAUACAACAAGCAGUAGCAACACUACAGACAGCUGGAUAUCUUCUAACAUGACCACCAGCCUGACCCAGAUGCUACCAACCAACAUGACCACCAACCUGACCCAGACGCUACCACCCAACAUUACCACCAUCCUGACCCAGACGCAACCACCCAACAUUACCACCAACCUGACCCAGACAGACAUACCCAGCAUGACUACCAACCCAAACCAGGUUGGUCCCGUCAACAUAACAACGAACUUGACUCAAACAGGACCUACCAACAUAAGCCCAAACCUUACCCAAAUGAUUCCUCUCAACAUGACCAACCCCGUUACAAACACAUACCCUCUUAAUAUAACUACAAACCCAUCCCAAAUGGGCCCUUUCAACAUGACCACAAACUCAAAUCAGAUGAGCCCUUUUAACAUGACCACAAACCCAACCCAGAUGGGCCCUUUCAAUAUGACCACAAACCAAAUGAGUCCUUUUAACAUAACCACAAACCCAACCCAGAUGGGCCCUCUCAACAUGACCACAAACUCGAACCAGAUGAGCCCUUUUAACAUGACACCAAACCAGACGGACCCUAUCAACAUGACCACAAACCAAAUUAGUCCUUUUAACAUAACCACUAACCCAACCCAGAUGGGCCCUCUCAAUAUGACCACAAACCUGAACCAAAUGAGCUCUUUUAACAUAACCACAAACCCAACCCAGGUGGGCCCUCUCAACAUGACUACCAGCCUAACCCAGACAGGCCUUCUUAAUAUAACCACAAACCCCUCCCUGAUGGGGCCUCUCAACAUAACCACAAUCCCAAACCAGAUGAGCCCUUUUAACAUGACUACAAACCCAACCCAGGUGGGCCCUUACAACAUGACCACAACCAUUAACCAAAUGAGUCCUUUUAACAUAACCACAAACCCAAACCAAGUGGGUGUUAACAUGACUACAAACCCAACCCUGAUGGGCCCUUUCAACAUGACCACAAACACAAACCAAAUGAGUCCUUUUAACAUAACCACAAACCCAACCCAAAUGGAUCCUCUCAACAUGACCACAAACACAAACCAAAUAAGUCUUCUAAAUAUAACUACAAACCCAUCCCUGAUGGGGUCUCUCAACAUAACCACAAACCCGAACCAAACGAGCCCUUUUAACUUGACCAUGAACCCAACCCAGAUGGGCCCUCUCAAUAUGACCACAAACCCGAACCAAAUGAGCCCUUUCAACAUGACCACAAACCAAAUGAGUCCUUUUAAUAUGACCACAAACCCAACCCAGAUGGGCCCUCUCAACAUUACGACAAACCAGAACGAGAUGGGCCCUCUCAACUUGACCACCAAUCUGACUCAAACGGGCCCCUUCAACACGACUGCGAGCUUGAUCCAGACAUACCCUGCCAACAUGACUGCCAACCUGACCCAGACACACCCUCCUAAUAUAACCACCAACCAGACUCAAACACUCCCUCCCAACAUAACCACCAACCUGACCGAGACACCACCUCUCAACAUAACUGCCAGUCUGACCCAGACACCCCCUCCUAACAUAGCCAUCAACCUGACUCAAACACUCCCUCCUAACAUAACCACCAGCCUGAACCAGACACCCCCUCCCAACAUAACUGCCAACCUGACCCAGACACUCCCUCCUAUCAUAACCACCAACCAGACUCAAACACUCCCUCCCAACAUAACCACCAACCUGACCCAAACACACCCUCCCAACAUAACUGCCAGUCUGACCCAGACACCCCCUCCAAACAUAACCAUCAACCAGACUCAAACAUUCCCUCCUAACAUAACCACCAACCUGACCCAGACACCCCCUCCAAACACAACUGCCAACCUGACCCAGACACUCCCUCCUAUCAUAACCACCAACCAGACUCAAACACUCCCUCCAAACAUCACCACCAACUUGACCCAGACACUCCCUCCCAACAUAACUGCCAACCUGACCCAGACCCUCCCUCCCAACAUAACCACCAACCUGACCCAGACACCCCCUCCCAACAUAACUGCCAACCUGACCCAGACAUACCCUCCUUACAUAACCACCAACCAGACUCAAACACUCCCUCACAACAUAACUACCAACCUGGCCCAGACACUCCUUCCCAACAUUACUGCCAACCUGACCCAGACACUCCCUCCCAAUAUAACUGCCACCCUGACCCAGACACUCCCUCUCAACAUAACCACCAACCUGGCCCAGACAAUCCCUCCCAACAUAAGUACCAACCUGACCCAGACACUGCCUCCCAAUAUUACCACAAACCCGACCCAGGCAGGCCCCCUCACUGUAACAAACAUUAUAACAACAUCAGACUCUAAUACUCAGUCACCAGACAUCACUGGCAGGGAUAACUGCAGGAGGGAUAGGGCAUGUUUCUCCGCUCCACCUGCCUGUAAUCCAGGUGCAGAAGGUUCUUGCUAUUUUCUCUCCACAAGAGGAGUGAGCGGAAAUACAGAUAAUUUUACUUUUGAGCUCAGUGGCGAGACAGAUGGUUACAUUGGAGCAGGCCUCUCUCGUGACAACACUGGUCAAGGAGCCACUGUCUAUUCUUGCGCCAACAUCAAUGGUGCACUGAAGUUCUUCCGUUCCACACUGAACAAUCAAAGACUGGCUCAGGAUAACACAUUCAUCCCUGGAAGCUUCAAAGGCUCAGUCAUCGGUAGAAAGAUUCAAUGCAUUUUCAAUGCUGCAGGUCUUAGUAGCACCACCCGUUCUGCAACUACAGACACUUUUGUCUUCCUUGUAACAGGGAGCAUAUCAAAUGGUUCUCUGGAUUCUCCAGUCAGUAGACUGGCCACAAAUGGUUCAGUGGACUUAAGCAACCCUAACAGUACGGAUAUUUCCAUAAUAACACCCAGUACAAAUGCCACUGCAUCUAAUACCACAGCAACAUCAACCACCGCUGUGGCAUCUAUAAACUUGACCCAGACGAUCCCUCCAAACAUUACCACCAACCUGACUCCAACGGGCCCCCUCAACACGACUGUGAACUUGACCCAGACAUACCCUCCCAACAUGACUGCUAACCUGACCCAGACACCCCCUCCUAACAUAACCACUGACCAGACUCAAACCUUCCCUCCCAACAUAACCACCAACCUGAACCAGACACUCCCUCCCAACAUAACUGACAACUUGAACUGGACACUCCCUCCUAACAUAACCACCAACCAGACUCAGACACCCCCUCCCAACAUAACCACCAACCUGACCCAGACACUCGCUCCCAACAUAACCACCAACCUGACCCAAACACUCCCUCCUAUCAUAACCACCAACCAGACUCAAACACUCCCUCCCAACAUAACCACCAACAUGACCCAGACACCCCCUCUCAACAUAACCGCCAACCUGACUCAAACAAUACCUCCCAACAUAACCACCAACUUGACCCAGACACCCCCUCCAAACAUAACUGCCAGUCUGACCCAGACAUCCCCUCCAAACAUAACCACCAAUCUGACCCAGACACCCCCUCUCAACAUAACCACCAACCUGACUCAAACAAUCCCUCCUAACAUAACCACCAACUUGACCCAGACACUCCCUCCAAACAUAACUGCCAAUCUGACCCAGACACUCACUCCUAACAUAACCACCAACCAAACUCAAACUCACCCUCCCAACAUAACCACCAACCUGACCCAGACUCCCCCUCUCAACAUAACCACCAACCUGACUCAAACACUCCCUCCCAACAUAACCACCAAUUUUACCCAGACACCCCCUCCAAACAUAACUGCCAUUCUGACCCAGACACCCCCCCCAAACAUAACCACCAACCUGACUCAAACACUCCCUCCCAACAUAACCACCAACCUGACCCAGACACUCCCUCCAAACAUAACUGCCAACCUUACCCAGACACUCCCUCCCAACAUAAGCACCAACCUGACCCAGACACACCCUCCAAACAUAACUGCAAACCUGACCCAGACACUCCCUCCCAACAUAACCACCAACCAGACCCAAACAAGCCCUCCCAACAUAACCACCAACUUGAUCCAGACACUCCCUCCCAACAUUACUGCCAACCUGACCCAGACACGGCCUCCCAAUAUUACCACAAACCCAACCCAGACACGCCCCUUCACUGUAACCAACAUUAUAACAACAUCAGGCUCUAAUACACAGUCACCAGACAUCACUGGCAGGGAUAACUGCAGGAGGGAUAGGGCAUGUUUCUCCGCUCCACCUUCCUGUAAUCCAGGUGCAGAAGGUUCCUGCUAUUUUCUCUCCACAAGAGGAGUGAGCGGAAAUACAGAUAAUUUUACUUUUGAGCUCAGUGGCGAGACAGAUGGUUACAUUGGAGCAGGCCUCUCUCGUGACAACAGUGGUCAAGGAGCCACUGUCUAUUCUUGCGCCAAUAUCAAUGGUGCACUGAAGUUCUUCCGUUCCACACUGAACAAUCAAAGACUGGCUCAGGAUAACACAUUCAUCCCUGGAAGUUUCCGUGGUGCAGUGAAUAGAGGAAAGAUUCAGUGCAUUUUCAAUGCUGCAGGUCUCAGCAGCCUCACUCGUGCGGCAACCACAGACACUUAUGUCUUCUUUGUAACAGGCAGUGUCUCAAAUGGUUCUCUGGAUUCUCCAGUCACUAGACUGUCUACAAAUGGUUCAGUGGACUUAAGCAACCCUAACAGCACAGAUGUUUCAGUAAUAACACCCACUACAGAUUCCACCACUACAGCCCCAAACACCACCGCACCUUAUUCAUCUGUAGCAUUAAACACCACUACAGCCCCGAACACCACAGCACCUAAUUCGUCUGUAGCAUUAAACACCACUACAGCCCCGAACACCACAGUACCUAAUUCGUCUGUAGCAUUAAACACCACUACAGCCCCGAACACCACCGUACAUAAUUCCUCUGUAGCAUUAAACACAACAUCAGCCCCGAACACCACAUCAAAUACCACUGUAGCAUUAAACAUCACUACCGCUCCGAACACCACCCCAGCUAAUUCCUCUGUAGCAUUAAACAUCACUACAUCCCCGAACACCACCGCACCUAAUUCCUCUGUAGCAUUAAACACCACUACAGCCCCGAACACCACCACAUAUAAUUCCUCUGUUGCAUUAAACACCACUACAGCCCCGAACAUCACCGUACCUAAUUCCUCUGUAGCAUUAAACACGACCUCAGCCCUGAAUACCACAUCAUCUAAUUCCACUGUAGCAUUAAACACCACUACAGCCCUGAACACCACCGCACCUAAUUCCUCUGUAACAUUAAACACCACUUCAGCCCCGAAUACCACAUCAUCUAAUUCCACUGUAGCACUGAACACCACUACAGCCCCAAACACCACCACAUCUAAUUCCUCUCUAGCAUUAAACACCACUAAACCCCCGAACACCACAUCAUCUAACUCCACUGUAGCAUUAAACACCACUACAGUCCCGAACACCACCACAUCUAAUUCCUCUGUAGCAUUAAACACCACUUCAGCCCCGAAUACCACAUCAUUUAAUUCCACUGUAGCAUUAAACACCACUACAGUACCGAACACCACCACAUCUAAUUCAUCCGUAGCAUUAAACACCACUAAAGCCCCAAAUACCACAUCAUCUAAUUCCACUGUAGCAUUAAACACCACUACAGCCCCAAACACCACCACAUCUAAUUCCUUUGUAGCAAUAAACACCACUAAUGCCCCGAAUACCACAUCAUCUAAUUCCACUGUAGCAUUAAACACCACUACAGCCCCAAACACCACCACAUCUAAUUCUUCUGUAGCAUUAAAUACCACUACAGCCCCGAACACCACCACAUCUAAUUCUUCUGUAGCAUUAAACAUCACUAAAGCCCCGAACACCACCGCAUACAAUUCCUCUAUAGCCUUUAACACCACUAAAGCCCCAAAUACCACCACAUUUAAUUCCACUGUAGCCUUAAACACCACUACAGCCCCGAACACCACCGCAUCUAAUUCCACUGUAGCAUUAAACACCACUACAGCUCCGAACACCACCGCACCUAAUCUCUCUGUAGCAUUUAACACCACUAAAGCCCCAAAUACCACCACAUCUAAUUCCACUGUAGCAUUAAACACCACUACAGCCCCGAACACCACCGUACCUAAUUCCUCUGUAGCAUUUAACACCACUAAAGCCCCAAAUACCACCACAUCUAAUUCCACUGUAGCAUUCAACACCACUUCAGCCCCGAACACCACCACAUCUAAUUCCACUGUAGCAUUAAACACCACUAAACCCCCAAAUACCACAACAUCGAAUUCCUCUGUAGCAUUAAACACCACUACAGCCCCAAACACCACUGCAUCUAAUUCCUCUGUAGCAUUAAACACCACUAAAGCCCCGAACACCACCGCACCUAAUUCCACUGCAACAUCAAAUUCCACUGCAUCCUCAAAUCCCACUGCAUCUACUGCCUCUGGAGUAUCUACAGCUAAUAGUGGUACAACAAAUGAGAAAGUCACCAAGGACAACUGUAAGAAGGACAGGGCAUGUUUCUCUACUCCAGCCAACUGUGAUCCAUCGAGCUCAAGUGGCUGCAUUUUCGCCUCCACAAGAGUGGUGAAUGGAAACUCAGAUAACCUCACUUUUGAGCUCAGUGGGGAAUCAAACGGUUACAUCGCAGUUGGCCUGUCUCCAGACAAGAAGGAGGGUGAUGAUGACACCGUCUACUCUUGUGCCAAUGACAAUGGUGUGGCGAAGUUCAUUCGUGCCAGACUGAACAACUCCAUUCUGACUCCAGAUAAGACUUUUAACCCUGGAUCCUUCCGUGGCUCUGUGAACGGCACCAGGAUUCAGUGCAUUUUUGUAGCUGCAGGUCUCAGCACUAACACCCGUGCGGCAAACACAAAUACUUUCCUCUUUUUCUUUACUGGCAACUUUACAAAUGGCACUCUGGGGUCUCCAGUCACACGAAUGUCUACAAAUUCAUCGGUUGAUCUAACCAACACUAACAGCUCAGACGUUGCCAUAUUAACACCUAAUACAAACACAGAUAAUACUGCCACUACUACCGUUUCUACUACUGUGACAACUACUACUAAAGCAAAACCUGCUACUACAGCUGGGAGCAAUGCACUGCAUCAUGCUGCAUCUCAGGCUGCUCUGGUAAUUCUCUCAGGGAUCCUUGCAGUGCUCCUGUUGUAAGGAUGCUGCCGAGCACAUUUGCUUUCUGAAACUGGUCGAUGAGCACUGAACGCUUGAUGAACCCAACACCAAAGUAUAUGUUAUUCUGCAUAUUUAUAACUGUGCAAUAGUGCAACUCUGGGUACAAUGAAGAAAGGAGCUAAAAAUACGGGGAGAGGGGCAUUACAUCAUUUAUUUAAUCUGAGUGUUUGUGUGAGAGAGAUUGUGUUUAUGAAUGUUUUUUGCGAGUGUUAGUGUUUGUAUUCUGAUAAUGUGAUAACUUUUUGUCUGAGCCAUCAUGUGGCUAAAAUUAUCUAAGAGAAUUAUUUUCAAAUGUCUUAAUUUAUUUUUACUGUUGUCUCGAUCUAUUGAUUGCCUGUAAGUUCUAAAUGAAGACCUUUUUUUUUUUUUAUGCAUAAUAAAAUGUUCAAGUACAAAGAAAACAAACAAAAAAAACUGGUAGAUCAGUGUUUGGACUAAGGGUUAAAGUGAGAAAGAACAAAGCUAAAUCCACCAGCAUGCAUAGUCAGGAUAGUAAAUUAGUGAAAGACUUCCCAUAUUGUUGGUCAAAGGCUGAACGUGUAAUCAAGCACUAUGGUUUUUCAGAAGAAAUUUAUGACACUAGAUAGAAGUUGAAUUAGACACAACAUGGACAGGUUGUGACAUUCUCUCAUGCUCAAAAACUAUUAACACAACCACAAAUCGAUCAAAUGUGUAGGGUAGAAGUUUGUAAAUCACCAUUUAGAAAUUUACUUGAUUAAAAGUCUCAAAGUAUGUGAUAUUUAUUGUACAAAAGUUAUUUUUUUCUUCAUCUUACACACUUAAGUAUUUCCUUCAUUCUAUAUGCACUUAAGUAUAGAUAGUAAAAGUACAAGGAAAUGGAAAAU